AUGUUUUGUUUUUGUUGUAAAGUGUUUAGAACUGGGGCUCCUAAAGGUAGAUUGGAAGGUGAAAGUUUCAAUGACCGGCACCAUGCUGCUGGUAGAGUGAAAGCACAUGAAGUUACGUUAGACCAUCUCACACAUAUGAAAAUGUGGUUUGAUAUGCGUAAAAGAUUGCGAGAGAACCAAACAAUUGAUAAAGAUCAAUACGAGAUAUUAAAGAAAGAAACAGAUUAUUGGAAAAAAGUCCUUUUGAGAAUCGUUGCCUUGGUGAAGUUUCUAGCUAAACAUAAUUUAGCAUUUCGUAAUGGAAAUUUCUUGGGUAUCAUAGAGAUGUUGGAAGAGUUUGAUCUGGUCAUCAAAGAGCAUGUGCGGCGGAUCAUUAGUGGAGAUCUUCAUGUGCAUUAUCUUGGACACAACAUCCAAAAUGAGAUUAUACUUUUUCUUGCUGAUGAAAUUAAAAAAGAACUCAUCAAGAACAUAAAAGAAGCAAAGUACUACUCAAUCAUACUAGAUUGUACACCCGAUUCAAAUCACCAAGAACAGAUGACGAUCAUAGUGAGGUAUGUAAAGAUAUCAUCUAAUUCUUCUCAGACUCGUUGGGAAAGUCGUUUUGAGAGUGUUAAGGCUAUCAAAUUGCAUCUUGCCGAUUUACGGGAAGCUUUGCUUCAAGUUGGAGAAACAGAUAACGAUGCUGCAAUUGCAGAUGAAGCAAUAUCUUUAGCAGAAAGAGAACUUAGUGACUUUGAUUUUUUGGUAUCAAUUGUCAUAUGGUAUGAAGUGUUAAAUCAGGUGAAUUUUGUGAGCAAAAAAUUACAAGCAAAGGAUAUGCAUCUUGAAAUUGUUAUUCAAGAAAUAAACAAUUUGAUUAAGUACUUUAAGGAGUAUAGAGAAAACGGCUUUUCAAAAGCGAUUGAUGAAGCUAGAGAGAUUGCAAGUGAAAUGGAUAUUGAUCCGAUAUUUAUACAAAAACGUAUAAUUAAAAGGAAAAAAAGAAAUGAUGAGAGUUCAAGUAGCGAAGUUGCAUUUACAGUUGAAGAGAAUUUCAGAGUGAAUUAUUUCUUAUAUACUGUUGAUCAAGCUCUAGCUUCUUUAGAGAAACGAUUUGACCAAUUCAAAUGGUAUGAGGGGUUAUUUGGUUUUCUGUUUCCACACAAGUUGAGGAAUAUUAAAGAUCAAGUCGUCUUGUUAUCGUCUUGA